UACUACGGCCUUGGUGCUCCAAAGUGAAGCACAAAACACAACAGGUGCAGCCAAAGAGAGCUGCGGUUUUGCGAGGCCAACCAUGAGGACGGCCUUGCUGCUCGCGGCGCUCGUGGCCGCGUGCGUCGCGCACGGCGGCGGCGCCGAUCAGUCGACCCCGGCGCGGCGGUCGCUCACGUUCGACAGCAUCUUCCCGGGCGGCCCGCACACCGACUCGGGCAUCUGCUGGGAGUCUCUGCUGACGCUGGGCCGCUGCAAGCACGACCUGCUCGCCGCCUUCUUCACGGGGUGCCCCAUUCCGCGCGCGUGCCGCCUCGCGGCGUGCGAGGCCGACGAGCACUGCGGGCCCUUCACCCGCACCUUCGUCGCCUCGCUCCUCCCGCAUGGCCUGCUGCGGCAUUGCGCCGGCGUCGCGGCGACCUCCAGGGCGCCACCACGGUCGUCGUCAGUCCCCGCUGGUGCUCAAGCCAGCCCGAGGCCUCCCACCAGCAGCGGUGGCGCGUGCGCGCCAUCGGUUCCCAGUCCAACACCACCGCCGCAGGCACCAACAGCUGAAACGAGCGUGCGCUCUCCUCCACCGUCCGAUCCCAGAUUCUCCCUUGGUCCACCAAAGACAUUUCCCAGUCCAACACCACCGCCGUCGGCGCCAACGGCUGAAAUGAGUGUGCGAUCUCCUCCACCGCCCGCUCCGAGAUUCUCGCUUGGUCCACCGAAGACUUUUCCCAGUCCAACACCACCACCACCGUCGCCAAUGGCUGAAACGAGUGUGCAAUCUCCUCCUCCGCCCGCUCCUAGAUUCUCCCUUGGUCCACCGAAGACCUUUCCCAGUCCAACACCGCCGCCGCCAACACCAACGGCUGAAACGAGCAUCCGCUCUUCUCCACCGCCCGCUCCUAGAUUCUCCCUUAGUCCACCAAAGACCUUUCCUGGUCCAACACCACCACCGCCAGCAUCAGUGGCUGAAACGAGCGAGCUCUCUCCUCCACCGCCCGUUCCUAGAUUCUCCCUUGGUCCACCGAAGACCUUUCCCCGUCGAACACCUCCGCCGCUGGCGCCAGUGGCUGAAACGAGCGUGCGCUCUCCUCCACCGUCUGCUCCGAGAUUCUCCCUUGGUCCACCAAAGACUUUUCCCCGUAUAACACCUCCGCCGCCGGCACCAAUGGCUGAAACGAGCGAGCACCCUCCUCCACCGCCCGUUCCCAGAUUCUCCCUUGGUCCACCGAAGACCUUUCCCCGUCGAACACCUCCGCCGCCGGCAGCAGUGGCUGAAACGAGCGAGCUCUCUCCUCCACCGCCCGUUCCUAGAUUCUCCCUUGGUCCACCGAAGACCGUUCCCCGUCGAACACCUCCGCCGCCGGCGCCAGUGGCUGAAACGAGCGAGCUCUCUCCUCCACCGUCCGUUCCACCGAAGACCUUUCCCCGUCGAACACCUCCACCGCAGACACCGAUGUCUGAAACGAGCGUGCGCUCUCCUCCACCGCCUGCUCCCAGAUUUUCCCUUGGUUCACCAAAGACCUUUCCCCGUCGAACACCACCGCCGCCGGCGCCAGUGGUUGAAACAAGCGUGCGACUCCCUCCACCGGAACAUCCGACAGCUUCUUCCAGUGGCACGAACACGCCGCCGCCGGACGCAUACACAAGUGUAAGAUCGCCGCCGCCACGCACACCAAAGAUCUCCGGUGGCACGCACACGCCCCCGGACGCAAACACGAGUGUCCGUUCGCCGCCGCCACCACAGGACACACCACCGAGAGUUUCCGGUGGCAAGCACACACCGCCGGACGCAUACGCCAGUGUACGUGUGCCACCACCUUCCACGCCAAGAGUUUCCGGCGGUGGAACGCAGGCGCCGCCGGAGGAGGACACGCCGAGAGCUUCCGGUGGCAGGCACAAGAGCCCAGAUGAACCACCGUCGCCGACGGUUUCCGGUAACAUGACCGGUCGUCCACCACCACCACCGCCGUCGCCGACGUUUUCCGGUAACAUGACUGGUCGUCCACCACCACCAUGUUCUCCGACGGCCGUGUCCAGUGGCUCCCCGGCAGUGCCUGCGUAUGACGGUGCAGCCGGCCGUGUGGGUGGGUCGACGGGACCCAACCCGAAGGUUAUUCGGAGUGGAGGCUCACCGCCCGUGGCAGCUGCGGAGUCGCCGCCGAGCAGCUCGCGGACGGCGAGCCCGAGCCCGGAUUUUCCGUACGGCGCUGGUUCUGACUAGCUUCUUCCUCGCCGGCCGGGCGGCAGCGGCAGUUGGCGACGCUGCUUCUCUGAUCGUGUUUUUCAGUUCGCUUUUCAAGUGUAAUCCAUGCUUAAUAAAUGAGGGGAACGUUUGGUUCCGUUGAUACUUGCUGCAUAUAGAUGUGAUGUGUGUUUUUUCACUUUGUUCUUCUUCAAGUGUAACGCAUAUAUCUAAUGAGCACAAAUGCAUCACUACUAUUUCCAGAA